GAGGCCAUGCAGGAACAAUUUGGAGCUAAGACAUUUUUGAUAUAUGUAGAACCUGUGUUUAGCAAAACAGGAGAAACAAUUGGAGUAAACUAUAUGGGAAUGGAAAUAACAAAUCAGGUGAGAAAAAGAGAAAGAAUGGCUAAGCUAAGGGAAGAAAUUGCAGUUCAGAAAGCUAAGGAAACAGAACUUAAUAAAACCAUUCACAUUACAGGAAUGCACAUAUAUCCCCCCAUAUAUCGAUCAUGUUUGACUCGAAUUGGAUCAAGACUGUCCGAGACUGAAGUGAAGCAACUUAUGGAAGCUGUUGAGGAACUGAGGCUGAAGCAGAGAGUAGUGGAUGGAAAGAGGAGACAAGCAUUGAGUAAGAUAUUGGAUAUCAAAGGGAGCAUUAAGUGUUUUGUAGGAUUCGACCGAAUCUUUCGAAAGAGAAGAGAAGAAAUUAUGAACCUGUAUCAGCUGAAUCAGAGAGAGUUCGAGUUAAGUUUGGUGGGACAAGGAAAGAGUAUGCGUUUGAUAAGGUUUUUCAUCAAGAUACAACUCAAGAAAGUGUUUUUGUUGAAGUGGAGCCAAUUCUAAGAUCUGCAAUGGACGGGCACAAUGUGUGCAUUUUCGCUUAUGGUCAAACCGGCACUGGCAAGACAUUCACCAUGGAUGGUACAAAUGAGCAGUUAGGGAUUAUUCCUCGAGCUAUUGAAGAACUCUUUCGUCAAACGUCAAUGGAUGCUUCGUCCUCUUUUACUUUUUCAAUGAGACAUCUGAAUGAACCAACCAUGUGCAGAUGUAAUAUGGACAGUCAACUGUUUGAUAUACUUUCAAAAGUUCUCUUGUUUCUCAUGUAUUUUGAGUUUUUGUAUAUGAUACAGUGGUUGUAAUUUAUUAAUUUCUUUUUAAGGUCUGUGUGGAAGUAGCAUAACAGUUGUUA